GGGAGGGUUGGGUUCAAAUGUAGGGGAUGGAGAUAUGGUGGGGGGAGGCUGUAGUGAGGGAAGAGGGCCCAGAGGCACUUAGAGGACUGGUGAGAAGGGGUGCUUGGGCUCACUGGGGCACGUCGGAGGGGCUCAGGGUUCACUCUUCUGGUCAGCCGACCCCUCUGGGCUCCUCACAGGCGCUAGGACUGGCCGGGCUGGUCGGGGAGGUGGAGGAGUCGGAGGGGGAAGAAGAGGAAGAGGAGGAAGAGCGGCCCCUUUGGCUGGAGAAGAGGUUCCUGCGCCUCAGCGAUGGGGCUCUGCUUCUCCGGGUGCUGGGCAUCAUUGCCCCCACCUCCCGAGGGGGGCCUCGGAUGCUCAGAGGCCUUGACGGACCUGCUGCCUGGCGAGUGUGGAACCUGAACCACCUGUGGAGCCGACUGAGGGACUUCUACCAGGAGGAGCUGCAGCUGCUGAUCCUGUCGCCACCCCCAGACCUCCAGACAUUGGGGUUUGACCCCCUCUCAGAAGAAGCGGUGGAGCAGCUGGAAGGCGUUCUUCGGCUACUGUUGGGAGCGUCAGUACAGUGUGAGCACCGGGAACUCUUCAUCCGCCACAUCCAGGGCCUCAGUCUCGAGGUCCAGAGCGAGCUGGCCGCUGCCAUCCAGGAGGUGACCCAGCCAGGGACCGGCGUGGUGCUGGCACUCUCUGGGCCAGAGCCUGGGGAGCUGACACUUGCCGAGCUGGAGAUGCUGUCCCGGAGCCUGAUGGGGACACUGUCGAGGCUGGCGCGGGAGCGUGACCUGGGGGCCCAGCGGCUGGCUGAACUGCUGCUGGAGCGAGAACCCCUCUGCUUGAGGCCUGAGGCUCCCUCUAGGGCUCCCGCCGAGGGCCCCUCGCACCAUCUGGCCCUGCAGCUGGCCAACGCCAAGGCUCAGCUGCGGCGUCUGCGGCAGGAGCUGGAAGAGAAGGCCGAGUUGCUGCUAGACUCCCAGGCCGAGGUGCAGGGUUUGGAGGUCGAAAUAAGAAGGCUCCGCCAGGAGGCCCAGGCGCUGUCGGGACAGGCCAAGCGGGCCGAGCUGUACCGCGAGGAGGUAGAGGCGCUGCGGGAGCGGGCCGGCCGCCUGCCCCGCCUGCAGGAGGAGCUGCGGCGCUGCAGCGAGCGGCUGCAGGCGGCUGAGGCCUGCAAGAGUCAGCUGGAGGAGGAGCGGGUGCUCUCAGGGGUGCUGGAGGCCUCCAAGGCGCUGCUGGAAGAGCAGCUGGAGGCUGCCCGAGAGCGCUGCGCCCGGCUGCACGAGACCCAGCGCGAGAACCUGCUGCUGCGGACCCGGCUGGGCGAGGCCCAUGCGGAACUGGACUCUCUGCGGCAUCAGGUCGACCAGCUGGCUGAGGAGAAUGUGGAGCUGGAGCUGGAGCUUCAGCGGAGCUUGGAGCCGCCCCCAGGAUCCCCUGGGGAGGCACCCCUGCCAGGAGCAGCCCCCUCGCUGCAAGAUGAGGUGAGGGAGGCAGAGGCUGGGCGGCUUCGGACCCUCGAGAGAGAGAACCAGGAGCUUCGGGGGCUGCUUCAGGUGCUUCAGGGGCAGCCAGGGGGCCAGGUGAGUCCCCUCCCCAUGGUCCUGGCUGGCCCUUCCCCUAGUCCCUCCUUGCGCCUGACUGUCCCUCUCCUAUGCCCUCAGCACCCCCUGCUGGAGGCACCGAGAGAGGACCCUGUGCUUCCAGUGCUGGAGGAGGCUCCCCAGACUCCUGUGGCCUCCGACCACAGUCCCCAGGGCUUGGCUCAGAAGGCAAGGGAUGGAGGCCCCCAGGCCUUGAACUUGGCUUCCCCAGCAUCAGACUCAGUGCUCAAGGGGUCAGCUGAGUGUCCCCAGGCACCUGAUUCGGACCCACAGGAGGCAGAGAGUCCCCUUCAGGCAGCUACUGUGGACCCCCAGGCCUCAGACUGGUCCCCCCAAGAGUCAGACUCUCCUGUGGAGACACAGGAGUCCCCGGAGAAGGCUGGCUGUAGAUCCUCUCUCCAGAGCCCUGCCUCUGUGGCCCCACCUCAGGGUGCAGGGAACAAAAUUCAGGCCCCGCAGUUGCUGGGAGGAGAGACCGAGGGAAGAGAGGCUCCCCAAGGUGAGUUGGUGCCUGAGGCCCGGGGGUUGAGACAGGAGGACCCUGAGCACAAGCCAAGGCCUUCGGAGCCCAGCUCUGUGCAGCUGGAGGAGCAGGAGGGCCCCAACCAGGGCCUGGACCUGGCCACGGGACAAACAGAGGCCAGAGAGCAUGACCAGAGGCUGGAGGGGAUGGUCGGGAACCCAGCCUGGCAAAAACCACAGCAGAAGUCAGAAGGGGCUCUUGAGGUCCAGGCCUGGGAGGGCCCAGUCACGGGGGAGAGCCUGGCCAGUGGUGUCGCAGAGCAGGAGGCGCUCAGGAAGGAGGUGGCACAGCUGAGGAGAAAGGCUGAGGCCCUUGGAGCUGAGCUGGAAGCCCAGGCCCGCAAGCUGGAGGCCCAAGACAUGGAGGCUGCCCGCCUCUCCAAGGAACUGGCCCAAGCGCGAAGGGCAGAGGCCGAGGCCCACCGGGAGGCAGAGGCCCAGGCCUGGGAGCAAGCCCGGCUGCGGGAGGCAGUGGAGGCUGCCGGCCAGGAGCUGGAGGCUGCGUCCCAGGAACGGGAGGCGCUGGUGGAGGCACUGGCAUCAGCGGGCCGGGAGCGGAGGCAGUGGGAACGUGAGGGGUCCAGGCUGCGGGCCCAGUCAGAGGCCGCCGAGGAACGGAUGCAGGCGCUGGAGAGUGAGGGCCGCCAGCACCUGGAGGAGGCUGAGAGGGAGCGCCGGGAGAAGGAGGCCCUCCAGGCGGAGCUGGAGAAAGCUGUGGUGCGGGGCAAGGAGCUGGGGGCCCGGCUGGAGCAUCUGCAGCGUGAACUGGAGCAGGCAGCUCUGGAGCGCCAGGAAUUUCUGCGAGAACAGGAAAGCCAGCACCAGAGGUACCAGGGCUUGGAGCAGCGGCUGGAAGCUGAGCUGCAGGCGGCGGCGACCAGCAAGGAGGAGGCGCUGAUGGAGCUCAAGACCAGGGCCCUGCAGCUGGAAGAGGAGCUGUUCCAGCUGCGCCAGGGCCCCGCGGGGCUGGGGCUCAAAGAGCAUGCGGAGCCUCGGCUGGUGGAGACCCAGAAUGUGCGACUUAUUGAGGUGGAACGCAGUAAUGCAACACUGGUGGCAGAGAAGGCAGCUUUGCAGGGGCAGCUGCAGCACCUGGAGGGGCAGCUGGGGAGCCUGCAGGGCCGUGCCCAGGAGCUGCUGCUGCAGAGCCAGCGGGCGCAGGAGCACAGCAGCCGCCUGCAGGCCGAGAAGUCUGUGCUGGAGAUUAAGGGCCAGGAGCUGCAUCGGAAGCUGGAGGUGCUGGAGGAGGAGGUGCGGUCGGCGCGGCGGUCCCAGGAGGAGACCCGCGGGCAGCAGCAGGCCCUGCUUCGGGACCACGAGGCCCUGGCACAGCUGCAGCGGCGGCAGGAGGCCGAGCUAGAGGGACUGCUGGUGCGGCACCGAGACCUCAAGGCCAACAUGCGGGCACUGGAGUUGGCUCACCGGGAGCUGCAGGGCAGGCAUGAGCAGCUGCAGGCCCAGCGGGCCAGCGUGGAGGCACAGGAGGUGGCCCUACUGGCAGAGCGUGAACGCCUGAUGCAGGAUGGGCAUCGGCAGCGGGGCCUGGAGGAGGAGCUGCGGAGGCUUCAGAGCGAGCACGACAGGGCUCAGCUGCUGCUGGCAGAGGUGUCUCGGGAGCGGGGUGAACUUCAGGGUGAACGUGGGGAGCUACGGGGCCGGCUGGCGCGGCUGGAGCUGGAGCGGGCACAGCUGGAGAUGCAGAGCCAGCAGCUGCGCGAGUCCAACCAGCAGCUGGACCUGAGCGCCUGCCGGCUGACCACACAGUGUGAGCUAUUGACACAGCUGCGGAGUGCCCAGGAAGAGGAGAACCGGCAGCUGCUGACUGAAGUGCAGGCCCUGAGCCGGGAGAACAGGGAGCUCCUGGAGCGCAGCCUGGAGAGCCGGGACCACCUGCACCGCGAGCAGCGGGAGUACCUGGAACAGCUUAAUGCCCUGCGCCGAGAGAAGCAGAAGCUCGUGGAGAAGAUCAUGGACCAAUACCGCGUGCUGGAGCCUGGGCCCCUGCCCCGGACCAAGAAGGGCAGCUGGCUGGCAGACAAGGUGAAGAGGCUGAUGCGGCCCCGGCGGGAGGGGGGCCCCCCUGGGGGGCUGCGCCUGGGGGCCGAUGGGGCUGGCAGCACCGAGAGCCUGGGGGGCCCCCCGGAGACGGAGCUUCCUGAGGGCAGGGAGGCAGAUGGGACAGGGUUCCCUUCCCCGGCACCCAUGCGCCGGGCCCAGAGCUCCCUCUGCCUGCGGGAUGAGACCUUGGCAGGCGGGCAGCGGCGGAAACUCAGCUCAAGGUUCCCGGUGGGCCGAAGCUCUGAGUCAUUCAGCCCUGGGGACACCCCUAGGCAACGAUUCCGACAGCGCCGUCCAGGGCCCCUGGGGGCACCCAUCUCCCACAGCAAAGGUGAGGGACAAGGGUCACUGUCCCAGCCGGCCCCCCAACUCUUUGUGGACCCACCAGCUGCUUGGGGGAGGAGGCUUCCUUCUUGUCCCCUGUGUCUCCUGCAAGCUCUGUCCACUUCCGCCCUGGCCCUGGGCCCAGUGGUUGCCUUGUGCCUCCCAGGACCUGGUGUGGGAUGGGAGAACUCUGUUGAGACCCUCCAGGAGCACGAAACAGAUGCCAACCGAGAGGGCCCCGAGGUACAGGAACCGGAGAAACGUCCCCUCACCCCGUCCCUCAGCCAGUGACACCAUGGGGACAGCAGGAUCGGGAGUGCAGCCCUCUUGCCGCUGGAGUGUCAGCGGGGGCCCCAGGCAGCCCAAGAGCUCAGGGAGCCAGGGCCCCCAAGGGGAGUCCUUGGACAAGGAGGCCUGGGCCUGGAGAUCCUCCAUGGUCGGUGCCGGGGCCCGGAGGUGGAGCUGGGACAAGUGUGUGGACAGGGGGGACAGCUGGUCCCCACGAGUGGCUCUAGGCCGGGAUUCUGGCUCUUCCAGGUGGCUCCCGCUGAGGCAGCGGUCUCUGGGGGAUCCCCCAGCUGAAGGAGGCUGGCAGGAGUAGGCAAGAGAGCCCCCUGCCCAGUCCAGGCAGGGAGCUGAGUCCCAGUGCCGGGGGACUGUGGCCUGGGCUGAUCUUGAGCCUCAGCUGGACAUGAGGGCCAUGAGAAUAAAGCUGAACUGCAGCCUUCUGA